AUGUCUUCUCUCCAGCUCUUGCAGAAGUUCGACACCGCACUUCUCAACCCGCAGCCGCCCACUACAACCGACAACACCUGCAUCGGUACCUCCAAGAAAGGAGAAAGGUGCAAGAGGCAACUCAGCUUCUACGCGAUCCAGCGUGUCGCCAACCUCGUGACCAGCCUGAGAUUCACCGACCCGCAGAUCGUCCAGCGCGAGCACCUCACGCUUGGCGAGGGAGGUGAUUUGGGCUUGGCUGGCACGGAUUGA